CACUAAGAUGCCGGACUACACGCCUUUGCCUCCUCCGCCUGUCAAGGAAGGGUUCAAGCCGCCGAACUAUGACUUGACGCCAGCACAAGAAGAGAUGAGGAAGAAGGUGCUCGCCAAGUUCGACGACGCAGAAUACAAGCUGCCCGGGGUAGAGGACGGCAAGUUGACGGAGGACGAACAGUUCUGGCUGUCUUACGAGUGCAUCCUACGAUACCUCCGUGCGUCCAAGUGGGUCGUAGACACUGCUAUCACCCGCCUCGAGUCGACCCUCAAGUGGCGUCGCGAGUUCGGGCUGUACACGACCGUUACCGCAGCACACGUCGAGCCCGAGGCGUUCACGGGCAAGGAGAUCAUAUUCGGGUAUGACGUCGAUCGCCGACCUGCGCUCUAUCUCGUGCCGUCGCGUCAGAAUACGGAGGAGGGCCCGCGACAAAUCGAGUUCGUGGUAUGGAUGCUCGAGCGGACGAUCGACCUCAUGGGCCCUGGAGUCGAAACGCUGGCUCUGCUCAUCAACUACGCCGACAAGGCGAAGAACCCGUCCUUCGGCACGUCGCGCAAGGUGCUGAGCAUCAUCCAGGACCACUAUCCGGAGCGCCUCGGUCGCGCGCUCAUCCUCAACCUGCCCUGGCUCCUCGCCGGCUUCUACAAGCUCAUCACGCCCUUCGUCGACCCCGUCACGCGCGAGAAGAUGAAGUUCAACCCGGCCGUCGUCCCCGACGGCCUCUUCGCGCCCGACAUGGUCAUGAAGGCCCACUGGGGCGGCGAGCGCGAGUUCGAGUGGGAGCACGCCAAGUAUUGGCCAGCGCUGGUGAGCAUGUGCGAGGAGCGCAGGGCACGGUGGAGGGAGCGUUGGAGGAAGUUGGGCGGAGGAGUGGGCGUGAAGGAAUGGGAGUACAAGGGAGGCGAUGCGGAAGCGAAUGCCGCUGCUUCUGCGAGCACUGUUAAGGACAAGACGCCGGCAGAUUAGGGGUAACACCUAUCACAUACUUAGAGCGCUGUUUCUGAUACUCGCAUGAACCCAAUACCGACACAAACCGCUAGACUGGCUAUCGCAAUUUUGGUUCGCGCAGAUAGAUCGCCGACCUCCGCUUCGCUCUCGACCGCGUCUAUUGAACUCCAACUGCGUCAUCUUGGUGUCUCUGUUGCUUAUGG